AUGUUGUUGUGGGCAUCGAGAGGGUCGAUUGUUCUCAUUCAAUGCAGGAUGGACGGUGGACCAAUUCUGAGUGGUAAAUGUGAAGGGCAAAACUAUGCUCCUGUUGUUCACCCGUUUGAUAUUUGUUCCUGUUAUGGUAGGGUAAAGUUCCUCAUUGCCUUGAGAACCAUUGACUGGUCAACAAGUCAACUUUCUUUAGUGUGCAAGCGUGCCACUGCUAGCAAUGAAAAAAUCCUAGCAUACUUUAAAAUAGAUAACUUACGCCCCAAGCUACUGAUUUCUAAACAAGCGGUUGUGAAUUUGGGUGAGGAAUAUCUCUCAAAACUCCCUAUUACAAAACUUAAAAGGAAAAAACCAACUCUAGAAAGACAAAAAGAAGGCUGGACUUCCAUUUAUGCAUUGAUGGAAGCUUCUGAUUCGGGCUGGACUGGGUAUGUCUGUGUUGGACUGGACUGUCAACAACUUCACUUGCUAAGCUUCAGCUGUGAAUCGAUGCCAAUGUUCGAGUUUGACAGAGCUUUAAUCUAUUUCAAGCCCUGGAAGGCUUUUGAACAGGCAGAAUUGUGGCUUCUUCUGUCUGAAAGGGGCAGAAGUGGCUAG